AGACAACUCUGAAAUGGUACUUUCGCCAAGAGAAGGAGCGAUCCCAUCCUCCUGUUGCACAACUUCUACCAACUCGAAUCUGGAUGAGGAUGAGCAGUCAUGUCCGUAGAUAUUGGAUGGAACAAUAUCACAUCCGGUUCUGAUGGUGAAGCUCUAGCAGAAAAGAUUCGUGAAUUCGUGCAUGACAAGUUUCAACAGGUCACCCUGCCACGAUUCAUCAACUCGGUCCACGUCCACUCCUUUGAAUUUGGUGCCGCCUGUCCCGACAUUGAGAUCAAGGACAUAUGUGACCCACUGCCAGAUUUCUACGAGGACGAGGACGAAGAUGAAGACGAGAUCGAGCGUGUGGAUGCGGAUGGCCGAGAUUCAUCCAGCAGCCAGGCCGACGACAAAGUGCCCGUCUUGGAUGCUGCUACGCGACCCUCAAUAUCACAGUCGGCUCCAAUCGAUCAACUUCCAGACUCCAAGUCGACUGCUGGGCUUCAUGCACUGCAUCAUGCCCGGGGCAACCAAUUCUUGCCAGACGCUGACAUUUCACCACUGCGAGCCAACCUCUUCCCGCGCGAGUCCUUGGGCGUAAGCGCCGACCCUUCUGCCCCUUUCCCUCGAAGCACCACCCCUGGAAUCCCUGGGGGCACAUCCAACCUCAACUACUUCCACUUUCCAGGCACUGGUCUAUCAGGCUCGCAUACUCCUCUGGCGGCGGUGGCAAGUGGUACUCCGUUUACUCCUCGAACAUGGUUGCAUGACAACCCUAGCAAUAUUUUGCAUACUCAUCCGGCCGCCGAUCAUGCAACGACUCGGUCCAGGCCUGUGGAUGCCGUGUCUGCUGCUCAUCGUGAUCCUUCGACGCGGCCCUCUACGGCAAACAGCUUGUCCUCCCCACGCGGCUCUGAGUCGGGCCUAUCUUCUCCCAAAUUGGCAUAUACCACCGUCCCCGUGGACAGUGCGCUGGGCGACGAUGCACCACUAGACCAUCAAGCCUCCCUUGCCAAAGCCAUCCUCCACACCAGGCAUCCAUCCGACCUACAGGUCGUCGCACGAGUCAAGUACUCUGGCAAUGUGCGCAUGACUCUGACUGCCGAAAUCUUACUUGACUACCCUAUGCCCAGUUUCGUUGGCAUCCCACUCAAGCUAGCCAUUACCGGCAUGAGCUUCGAUGGUGUCUCCAUUACCGCAUGGAUCAAAAGGAAACUCCACUUCUGCUUCCUAGACCCCGAGGACGCUGCAGCUCUCACUGGCGACCAUCCACCUACAGAUGUGCCAAAGGAAAAGGCCCCCAAGGAUUUGACCAGGGCCAACCGCGCUGGCCUGCUACAAGAAAUCCAUGUCGAGAGCGAGAUUGGCCGACAGGAAGAUGGCAAGCAGGUUCUGAAGAACGUAGGCAAGGUCGAGAAAUUCGUCCUGGAGCAGGUUCGAAAAAUCUUCGAAGAGGAAUUUGUCUACCCCAGCUAUUGGACCUUUCUGGUAUGAUGAUGAUCAUCCACCUCCACCUUGCUUUUCCGCUUCCCAUCGUUCGUGAGCCGAUCCUCGCCACACAAAGCGCCGUGCCUCGGUAUCCAGUGUCUACCUGCAUUGUGAUUCCAAUACACCUUCCACAUCUGAGGCGGCACUUACGAAUCGUGCCAUUGCAGACCACUUGCCUCGAGUAAAAGCCUCUUCGCUUGGACGUACAGAUGGAAAGGUCAG